AUGCCGUUGUUGUUUCCACGGCGGUACGGCCGUUCCGAGCGACAAUUGGGCUCCGGAACCACCGCCAGAGUGUAUUUGUAUGUCCACAAGGACGAACAGUUUGCAAUAAAGAAGAUCGCAAGGCGUGAAAGAGAGUCCAAAAAGGAAUAUUUAGACCGAGUAACUAAAGAAGUCCAUCUGCACCAAUCUCUUCCCAAACACCAUAAUCUCGUUGACUACGUCGAUUUCUUUGUCACAAGAGGCAAGCCGUACUAUGUGAUGGAAUAUCUGCCUGGUGAGCUUAGCAUUUCUCGAAAAGCGUUAGACGUCGAUUUUCAACUCUGUCUUUUCAAACAGUUAGCCUUGGCAGUGUUGUAUCUACAGGAGCAAAAUGUCAGCCAUCGAGAUUUGAAGCUGGCCAAUUGCAGACUUACACGUGAGGGUAUUUUAAAGCUCAUCGACUUUGGCUCGUCCAUACACGGAAAUGAAGGGGUUGGGGUGGUCGGCAGUAAAGGAAUGGUGGCCCCCGAGGUUUUGCGCGAUCUUCGUUACGAUUCCUUCAAGUCCGAUGUUUGGUCCUUGGGGGUGGUUUUUGUUGAGCUUCUUGGACACCGGACACGAUGGAAAGAGGCCGUCUGGUACGAUAAGGCCUUUCAAUUAUAUAGCAAAAGUCAGAGUGUUGAUGAUGUGUCAGACGAUCUUGCCGAAUUCCAGCACAUUGUGCUCCCAAUGCUGGAAAUCGAUCCCUUGCGACGCAUCACCAUGUCUGAGUUGGUUAGGCUUCCUGCUAUCGUGGAGGUCGAUCAUUGUCAUCCUGGUAAUAUUAUUCACAGCCACUAA